GUAAAAGUUACCUCCCUUUGUUAUAAAUUUGUCAUUAUAUUAUUAAAGUUUUGCACUGUUUUUGUUCGAUUUCUUAAAAACACGCAUCAUCAUGAACAACCACUUCUUAGGAAAACACUAAGGUAAUAUUGUUGGGUGGCGCAUUUCCAUUCCUCAUAGCAGCAUAAAGUGGAGUUGCUGUGUCAAAUACUAGUUUCAGGACAGCUGACGAGAUACAAGACAGCAUGAGAAAGUGUUGGUCAGCAAUCACUGAUGUUAAAAGUCAAACAUUGAGACACACAGAUGUUUGAUUAAUAUCACACUUGAUAAGAACAAUGGAGAUGUUGGGUAUUUAGCAGUGUUGUUAAACGAAUAUCAGAUGUUAAACUACACAUUAAAGGAGACAAACACUUCCACACAAAGGAGAUACAAGUGGUAUAAGAGCUAGGCAUGUGAUGCUCCCUAAAGCUUACGUUAUUUAGGGCAGGACAUUAAGGAUUCACUUGAAAAUGCAUACAGGGAAGAAACAAUACAGGUGUGAGACAUGUGAUUCAUGUUUUUCUCACAACAGUGGUUUACAAAACCACAUGAGAAUUCAUACCGGAGAGAAGCCAUUCAAGUGUGAGUCAUGUAGUGCUUCUUUUUCUGGUAGGUCUGACUUAAAACGACAUAUGAGAAUACACACUGGAGAGAAGCCAUACAAGUGUGCUACAUGUGAUGCAUGUUUUUCUCUUAACGGUAGCCUUCAAAUCCAUGUGAGAAAACAUACUGGAGAGAAGCCAUACAAGUGUGAAACAUGUGAUUCUUCGUUUUCUGAUAGAACUGGAUUACAACGACACAUGAGAAUACACACUGGAGAGAAGCCAUACAAGUGUGCUACAUGUGAUGCAUGUUUUUCUCUUAACAGAAGCUUAAGAGUACACCUGAGAAAACAUACAGGAGAGAUGCCAUACAAGUGUGCUACAUGUGAUGCAUGUUUUUCUUUUAACAGUAGCUUAAGAGUCCACCUGAGAACACAUACAGGAGAGAAGCCAUACAAGUGUGAAACAUGUGGUGCAUGUUUUUCUCAAAACAAUAGUUUACAGAUUCACAUUAGAACUCAUACCGGACUGAAGCCAUUCAAGUGUAACAAAUGUAGUGCGUCUUUUUCGGAUGGAUCUAGCUUGAAUGGACAUAUGAGAAUACACACAGGAGAGAAGCCAUACAAGUGUGAGAUUUGUGCUGCUGCUUUCACUCAAAGCCCGAGUUUAAAGACGCACAUGCGAAUCCACACAGGUGAAAAGCCAUAUAUAUGUGCGACCUGUGGAGCUGCUUUUUCUCAACGUUUAAAUUUACAGGUCCAUGUUAGAAAACACACAGGAGAAAAACCAUUCACUUGCGGGACAUGCAAAGCUGUUUUUGCUCAUUCGCAAUCUUUACAGAGUCACAUGAGAAUACAUACAGGAGAGAAGCCAUUCAAGUGUGCUACAUGUGGUGCUGAUUUUUCUCAAAGAUCAAAUUUACAGGUACAUAUUAGAAAACACACAGGAGGGAAAUAAUUCACUUGCGAGGCAUGCGAAGCUGUUUCUGCUCAUACGCAAUCUUUACAGAGACACAUGCGAAUACAUACAGGAGAGAAACCAUUCAUGUGUGCUACAUGUGGUGCUGAUUUUCGUCAUAAGCAAUCUCUUCAGAGUCACAUUAGAACGCACAGUGGAGAGAUGCCAUAGUUGUUUAAGA